AGUGAUUUUUUUUUUUUUUUUUAUCGUGCCGAUUGAAUUUUUUUAAUUAUUUGUUAUCAUGCGGAGUGAUUAUAUUUACCAAGAUCUAAAUGAUCCAGUAGACGACGGCCACAAGUCCCAACUGGUUAAAACUUUUAAACCUAACCAUCGCCCUCUCUGAUUUUCUCUCUUCACUGUUUUUUGGGUUUUUUUAUUUUUCACCAAGUUCAACAAUCAUUAGCAGGUGAAAUUAAUUUGUGAUCAUGCCCUCAAAAAUCGCCGAUAUUCGCCUUGUUGCGUCUCACCCAGAAGUUUAUGAACCCUGUGAUGAUUCAUUUGCACUUGUAGAUGCCCUUCUUUCUGAUCGAGCGAAUUUGCUAAAACAUCAACCCUCAUUGUGUUUAGAAAUAGGUUGUGGUAGUGGCUAUGUGAUCACAUCAUUAGCCCUAAUGUUGGAGCAAGAAACUAAUAAUGGGAUUCAUUAUUUUGCAACUGAUAUUAACCCAGAUGCAGUAGCAGUAACCUCUGAGACAUUAAAGGCUCAUGGGGUUCACGCCGAGGUGAUGAACAUGGACAUUGCCUCGGGGUUGGAGGAUCGCCUUGCGGGGUUAGUGGAUGUGGUGGUUGUGAAUCCCCCGUAUGUUCCGACCCCUGAGGAUGAAGUGGGGCAAGGUGGGAUUGUUGCUUCAUGGGCAGGAGGAGAGGAUGGGAGGAGUGUGAUAGAUAGGAUAUUGCCUGUUGCUGAUAAACUUUUGUCUGAGAAAGGGUGGUUGUAUAUGCUUACUCUUGCUGCUAAUAAGCCUUUGGAGUUGUGUGGUUUGAUGAGGAGAAAGGGGUAUGCAUCUAAGAUUAUUGUUCAACGUUCGACAGAGGAAGAGAGUCUUCAUGUUAUUAAAUUCUGGCGCGAUCCUGAUAGUGAAGUACAGAUUAAGAAGGCAGCAGCUAACAGAGGAAAUCCUACUUCUGUUUUCUCCAGAUUUUCACUCUUGUCGUUCUCAGGGAAUGGAAAUGCUAGCUCUAAGUGAUCCAUUCAUCAAUUUCCGGGUAGAACAACUUGCAAGUUGCAACUACUACAUGGUUGCCUAGACUGCAUUCAUUUGUAAAUAGCUCUUGUAUCAGCUAAAUGAUCAAGGAAGAUUUAUAAUUUGGAAUUUCCAUGACAAAUUGUUUGGGUUGGUUCAGUGAUGAGCGAUAAUCUCUGCAAAUACCAUGUUGGCUAUGAAGGGAAGGGUUAAAGGAGUACAAGUGAGUUGAGUUGCCUUAACUUACAGAACCAACAACGGAUUUGCAACAUUGGUGCUGUUAUUGAUCAUGCUUUUGUGAUUCCAACUGACUUUUUCAGAAGCUGUAUUCUUCGGAAAGAGAACUGUGCGAAAAACAGUAGCUUGCUUGUAUCAAAAAUUGAGAAUGUUGGGGAAUCUAGAAUCCUGAAUUCCUUGCUUUAUGUACAAACUUGUUGCAGCAUAAUUAAGGGAAUUGAUUAAUGUACUACGUAGUAUUUUCUUGCUAGUUUUACUUCACCUUUCUUCCGUUAA